AUGACAAAUUUUAGACAACUUUUAGAUGCUGAUAGUCUGAGUGAUGUUCAGAAGCGAAUACUUGGGAAUAUAGAGCGUAGUCCUAAUUGUAUUAUUUGUUUAGAGGAGGUGCAUCCUUUGAUGUUAUUUUUUCACUAUGAGAAAUGUAGUGUUGCAUUUAGAGAUUGUUUAACUACCAUAUCUAAAAUGUUCAUUCCACAUCGUGAUAUUAAUAAUAAUAAUAACAAUAACAAUAAUAACAAUAAUAAUCAUUCUUCACCUUCAUCAUCUUCAGGACAUUCGCCAUCACCUGCACAAUCACCAUAUACCGGUGGUAAUGGCGGUAAUGGUGGUAACAAUAAUCACACAUCAUACCAACCGUUAUAUCUACAACAACAACAACAACAACAAUCACAAACUCUGUCGUUACUUGAGAGAUCAUCGAAUACCACCCUCACACACAUUCAAUCACAACAACCAACUCAAAAAACAUUGCUAUCAUCGUCAUCUUCAUUGGAACAUCCAGCCAAGCCGACACCACCACAACCACAACCACCACAACCACCACCACCACCACCACCACCACAUGGUUUCACAACUACAACCACUACAACUACAACUAAUACUGAGAAAUCAUCAUCAUCACCACCAGACAAUCAAAUGAAAGAAACUUUUUCGAAAAUAGAACUAACUUUUAAUGAAGAUAAAAGGACGAAAUGUUAUUGUAUGGCGGAUCUUGUUGAUCCAGUAACCAAGAAAAUCAUUGAGGACAGCAGCGAGUGCAAGGGAAACACCACCGAUCUGAAGAAAAGAAUCUACUUGCACUAUGGCAAGCAUAUUUUUAAACUGUGUAGUACUGCACAUCUUUAUAAAUUAUACCGAUAUUUCAAUCUAUCUAACAGCGAUAUAUUUCCAUCGGAUUUCCCGUUUACACAGUAUCCAACGCAUGAGUGUGAGAACUGCUCUGUUGGCUGUAACGAUCACAUCCAGGUGAGAUCAGAGAUCUCCAGAGCCAAUAGUUUUAUUCAUUUUUGUACAUGGGAUUGUAUGUCAAACUAUUUCAAAAUGAAACUUAAUGAUUGGACUGCAUGGAAAGACGACAACAAAAAAGAGGUCGACUCUGACCAUGAUAAUGGUCGUUCGCAGUCAUCCACUUCCAAAGAUCAUAAAAGAAAGUCCACUUCAUCCAAUUCUGAAAUUCCUGUAUCAUCAUCCUCCUCCCGAAGACAAAAGGUCGCAGGUAGCGAUUCUAAAAAUAAAAUAAAAUAA